CCAGCCUCAUUCCUCUCACUCUGUCUCUCACUGUCUCUCGUGUUUAGCUCUCCUGCUUUCUCCCUCCCUCUCUCUCUCUCUCUCUCUCUCUCUCACACACACACACACACACACACCCCUCCCAUUUCAUACAUAUACACACACACAAACACACACUGAAACACAAACACGCACAUGCACACACCCACCCACACACACACACCUAUAGACACAAUACACACACACGUGCGCUGGAGUCUGGGCUUUGCUCAAGGAGCGCUAUCUGCUGCUGUCCUCUCGCUUUGGGUGAAUUGGUGUCAGUUCUCACUUUUGCUCUUGCUCUGAUUCCUGGAAUGCUAAAUCUGGACUGAUGGACAUUUCAGAACUUUGUAUUUCAGACUCAAUCAGCUAUCACAACCAGCUGCUUAAUAGAAUGGCUGCUGAUGACAGACACCUGACAUCGAGCUGCGGAUCCUACAUCAAGACAGAACCUUCAAGUCCAUCUUCGGUUAUUGACACUGUGAGUCAUCACAGCCCCAGCGCCAGCUCUGAUGCUAGUGGCGGGUAUGGCAUUACCAUGAAUGGGCACUCCAAUGGCCUGGACUCACCGCCCAUGUUCACUGCUGCCAGCCUGGGUGGUGGAGCAUGCCGUAAACGUUAUGAUGACUGCUCAAGUUCCAUUAUGGAGGACUCUCCCACCAAGUGCGAGUACAUGUUGAAUUCCAUUCCCAAAAGACUCUGCCUCGUCUGUGGAGAUAUUGCUUCUGGCUAUCAUUAUGGUGUGGCAUCUUGUGAGGCUUGCAAAGCCUUUUUUAAAAGGACAAUACAAGGAAAUAUUGAAUAUAGCUGUCCAGCCACAAAUGAGUGUGAGAUAACAAAACGUAGACGCAAAUCCUGCCAGGCCUGCCGUUUCAUGAAGUGUCUCAAGGUUGGAAUGCUUAAAGAAGGUGUUCGCCUAGAUCGUGUUCGAGGAGGCAGACAAAAAUACAAGAGGAGAAUGGAUACAGAAAACAGUGCUUACCUGGGACUAACACUGCCACCCCCAGCAAAAAAACCACUGACUAAGAUUAUCUCUCAUCUAUUGGUGGCUGAACCAGAAAAAAUCUAUGCAAUGCCCGACCCCACAGUACCAGAGAGCGAUAUAAAGGCAUUAACCACCCUGUGUGAUUUGGCAGACAGAGAGCUGGUGGUUAUCAUUGGAUGGGCCAAACAUAUCCCGGGUUUUUCAAACCUCUCACUGGGUGACCAGAUGAGCUUGCUGCAGAGUGCCUGGAUGGAAAUUUUGAUUUUGGGUAUUGUGUUUCGCUCUUUGCCCUAUGAAGAUGAGCUGGUCUAUGCUGAGGACUAUAUAAUGGAUGAGGAGCACUCCCGUCUCACAGGUCUUCUAGACCUAUAUGUCUCCAUCCUGCAGUUAGUGCGCAGAUAUAAGAAACUGAAGGUGGAGAAGGAGGAAUUUGUCACUCUCAAAGCAAUAGCUCUUGCCAAUUCUGAUUCCAUGCACAUAGAAGACUUGGAAGCUGUUCAGAAACUGCAAGAUGCACUCCAUGAGGCUCUGCAGGACUAUGAGGCUAGCCAACAUCAAGAUGACCCUCGACGGGCUGGCAAACUUCUAAUGACACUCCCUCUGCUUCGCCAGACAGCUACCAAAGCUGUGCAGCACUUUUACAGCAUUAAACUCCAGGGCAAAGUGCCUAUGCACAAACUCUUCCUGGAAAUGUUAGAAGCAAAAGUCUGAUGGGUGAAAUCUUAUCCUGGAAAUAGAGGGUUUAAACAGAGACAAUGAACUUUGAACAUAAGACUUCUGCAGAUUCCUGGGGGAAAAAUGAAGAAAAAAUUCAUUGGGGGGAAAGUAUGAUGCAGAUUAAUUUAAAGAUAUAUAUAUAAUAUUAUGUACAGUGGCAAACGUUUUCCUUCUCAAGGUCUGUGGUCAUGAAUGGAAUAAAGCAGCAUAGGCUGUAUUCACAAUGGAACCACCUCUCCUCUUCCACAAAGAGGCUACUUCCUUGUGACUCACUUGAUGGACUACUCAGAAAAGACAAAUACUGUAAGUGCCCUCAGGUAUAGCUGGGGCUAAUUGUUCCAUGAGCAUAUUACAAAACUUACUACUGAAAUGCCCACAGACCUGGAUUAAUACGUAACAUUAACCCAUGGUUUGAUGAGCUGAUUUGUUGAGCAGAUGUGGUGUAAAUGGACACUCUGACCUGUAUGGCUGCCUUCAAUAAGCAGGGUGCGUCUCUUCACCAUUUAGUCUAUAGUAGUUGUCUGUCUUCCACAUGUGCAGUUGACUGGCACUAAAACCAUGAUGCAACUACAAUAAAAAUGCUUAGAAAUUCAGAAUCUUCCCAAAUCAAAUCUUGCACUAUUACAUUUCAGGAAGUGUUUUUUGCUUACUGAAUGUAGCCAUUGGGUCAGUUUCAAAAGAAUUCAGAGUCUAAUUUGAGUUUUCAAUGGCAGUGCUCCACUGAAUCACAUGCUGUCUUUUUGUUUUACUGUCUACUGAGUCAGCACUGUAUGUUACUGUAUAUUGUUAAGUUCUUCUCAAUUAUAGUUUUAUUGCAGGAGACUUUAAAUGGCUAAAAUGAGCACGCUGCCUGUUAAAAAAUGGUUCUUUCUAUUGGAAAUCAAAGGUUCUUAAUGUGGUAUGUUGGGAAUACCUGCAGCUUAACAACAUGCAGGAAUAACAGUUCCUUUGCUGACAGAUAAGGUCAAAAUAUAAACAAAUAUGAAUUGCAAGUUGCUGGUGCACUUAUACAUGUAUGGAAGUCUCAAAUAUUGAGAGGGAGAAGUUUAAAAAUAAGAAUCAACUGUCCAGUCCAGAUGGUCCCAAUAGAGACUUCAGUGUAGAGGUUAUUCAGCGCCUGCAAAAAGAAAAAUUAGCAAGUGUCUUCUAAUAUAUAUAUCAUCCUUGACAUUAUGAACUGGUGAACAAACUGUUUUAUCUAUUUAUUUAUUUAUUUAUUAAUUUAUUUAUCUUGUCUAUUUAAAUAAAAUAUUUAUAUAUAUAUUCAGUAUAUAUAUAUAUAAAACUGUUUCAAAAUGGAAUCUGACUCCAUGGCAGAAACCAGCUUUGCAUUUCUGUGGUCAGCUAGAAUGGUCAUUUAGAAUUGAAAAGAAAUUCGUAAAACUAAACAUUGGGUGAUAUACCAAUUUAUUUCCCUCUCCUCUAAUAUCAUCCAAGUGUGAACAGUUAAUACCACUGCAGACCAGAAGCAUUUCAGGUAUAUAUAGUCUUCCUGACUGCAGGCCUAUCUUAAAAACUGGAAGUAACAAUGCAAGUGGCGCUAUUUUAUUGGAGAAAAAAGGUGUAGAAUAAGGGUCUUUAAUCCUAGAGAAAUGUGAUUUUUUUUUCAUCUCUAAAUAUUUAUUCUGUACUGUCUUCUUUUUGGCCACAGUGUAAAUAGACAUCACAAGAUAUACAUUGAAAACAAAAGGACAAUUAAUUUUAAAAAUCUAAUUCCAUUUUGUUGGUGAAAAGAAAAGCUGUGCAAUCAUUCUUUCCUGUAUAGGUUUUCUAGUUCACCCCAAAAACAUAAACAUAAACCAUUAUUCACAAACACAUGCCAACAUCAUCUUUCCAAGUAUAAUACUGAAUAAAUCAAACAAUUUGUGCAUUUGCUGUACACCUCUUCUGUACUGAGAAUUCUUUGGGUUUACCUUGUGGAUUUACUAUCAUUUUAUAAACUGCAUUAUAGAACUGCUUGCAACUAAAUGUUGAUAUUUUUUUCU